GGUGUCCCACGCCGGUCACUCUACGGAAAAAGGACGUCGCAACCAGUCUUUAAACCAUGAGCUCCCUCACGAUCCACUCCUUCCGGGAGAUGAUGAAAAGCCUGCUGAGCUCAUCCAGCUUUGAUCGGGUGUUGAGUAAGAUGACCGUUCUUUCUGCAACUCCUGGAAAGGUUGUUUGUGAAAUGAAAAUAGAGGAGGAGCACACAAACAGAGGUGGCACGUUGCAUGGAGGUUUGACUGCCACACUGGUAGACGUAGUGUCAACAGCAGCAUUGUUGUACACAGAAAGAGGAAUGCCUGGGGUCAGUGUGGAUAUGAACAUUACAUACAUGUCUGCUGCUAAGAUUGGGGAAGAGAUAUUGAUCACUGCUCAGAUUUUGAAACAAGGAAGAAGGCUUGCCUUUGCCAGUGUGGAUGUAACAAACAAGGCGACAGGAAAGUUCGUAGCACAAGGCAGACAUACAAAAUACCUAGGACAUUAAUAUAAGAAAAUGAUAUCUAAAAAGGAAAGUUUGUGCUUAAGAAGCUAGCAUUGAAUUAUUUUUUCUAAUUUAAGCUGUAUCAAGUUACCACGCUCUGAAAGCAGUUAAAUGAUCUAUGUAAAAUGAGUUGGUCUCAGUCUCAUUCCUAGUGGACAAUUGUUCACACUGUAAUUGGCACCACUUCUGAGCUUGUUGCAGUCUUGGUAGAGAGACCAAGAACUGUAGAGACAUGGAGACCAAUGUACUUUUUUUGAGCCUGAAGAUAAGGUCAAUGUUCAGGCUCACUGGUGGGACUGUGUGGGGAAGCUUUCUGCUCCCCAUUCUGUACCUCUCUCAUGCAAACAUGUUUCCAGUCUCCAGGGCUGUCAGUUCAUAACCUUUCAAAAAUCAAAGCAACUAACCAACUGCAUUUUUUUGUCCUAUGCUAUAAAGUGAUAUUAAAGUAACAGGUGUUACAAAUGCA